AUGGUUUCGAGUAACUUUCAAGAAGUUAUCGUAUUUAACGAAACGCAACGCGUUAACGAAAAACGGGCAAAGUUAUUAAUUUGGCUCAUUAUAGGAAGUUUAAUCGUUAGCUAUAGUAUUUGGAAUGGUUGGCGAAUGGUGGAAGCUAUAAAGUCACCGGUCAUCAUCGGUUCAAGAAUUGCAGACCGAGCUGAAAUACCUGUACCUGGUGUCGUAAUUUGCGGCUUACCCUUAGAUAAGCCAAUUGAAUGUUUUGAAAGCGAAGGGAAAGUCUGUCAUGACUACGUUGCCGUUGAAAAUGCUACUCAAUUUGUUAAUAUGCGUGGCUUCGAUAAUGUAACUGGCUACUAUUGUUAUAUCUUUGAUCCUCAAAGAGAAACAAAAGUUGGAAAAAAACCUCUUAAAUUUAGUAAUUCGACGCAGAAAAUUGCAUUGGCGUUAUACUCAAGUCUUAAAACGAACAAUACAUUAGGAGCAAUUACAAUUGAUAAAUGGGCUUACUAUGGAGUAUUCACUGAGAAGGAAGAUCCUCUGAAUGUUAAUUUUCAAAUAGUACACCUACCUUCAAUAUCGUCUCUAUAUUUUAACCGCAUGGAGAAAAAACAAGUUGUCAGAUCUGCCCCAAUCAUUGGUGGAAGCAUGGGAGAUACAGCUUAUGAUUCAACUUCAGAUGUGGGACUAACCACAUUAUUUACCACUUCGAGGAUAUCUGGAUUUGACGUUGGCCCUGAUCUUUGGUGCAUUUUCCGAAUUAUUCCACAAGCUCAUAAUUUUGAUAAAUCAACAUUCACCCAAUCUUAUCUUGUGGAUGUCUCGUAUAAGCGCAUUGAAUUCCCUUUUCUUCAGUUGGCUGCUAAUAUGGGUGGUUUUGUAAGCCUUUUAAGUGCACUUUAUUUCUUUUUGCUUGGAUCGAAACGUCUUGAUCCGUGGGGUGCAGUUCAAAGAUAUGUUCUUAAAUCAGUUCCACCUCUACCAACCGAAUUCCCAGACCCAGACACAUUAAAUAAAAAUCAACAAAUUUCAUAUCAAUAUAGCAAAACAUGCCAAUCACCAGAUACGCAAUCUCAUUCAAUAAAUAUGUUUACUGAAAACGAUUACAAUGACCCACAGGUUCAACUUUUAAGGAAAGAAUUACGAGCUGAAAUGCAAACAAUUGCAAACGACAUUGGAGUAUUGAAAUUAUAUUUAAGUAAAUAUUAUUUGCAAGGUGUUAAAAUGUAA